AUGGAUUGGGAGAAAAAAAAGAAGGAAAUACACACGGCUGUAACGAAGCGCAGGGGUGCGCCUAAAGAGAGUGGUGGAGAAAGAACAAAAGAUAUGCAGGAGAGCGGAACGAGGAGUGGGUUGCAAGGCCCUCAGGCGCGAGCCAUCGUCUCAGGCUAUGCACGCCUGGCUGCAGGUCGUGUGCCUGACGGGAUAUUAGGUGCGUCUGCCCUUUCCUCUCCCCCUCUCCUCUCUCGUGAUCUUUCCCGACCGGCACGGUUCGGUAUACCUGUCGUAAGUAAUAUUGCGCGUUCGCUGGGAUGCGUGACUCAGGAAGACCGCCCGCUGCAAUGGAUGGUGCACAUCCCGUACAUCGGCCAAUAA